UCAGUGUAUCUUGAAUACUUUCUAUUCCUUAACAGUCUUCUAGAACUUAGUAUUUAAUGAUAACUUUAGUAUUCUAUUUUAUGGAUGUUUUAUAAAUCACAUAAGAAAUAAGCUAUUGGGCAGUAAUGUUCAGACUGCGCAAUUCCUUCAGCAGGCUUUCUGUGUGCUAUUACUUACUCAACUUUUCACUUCAUGGUUAGGCAGGAUCUCAAAGAGAGGAACACUACGGAAUACGGCAUUGCCUUUUACCAGGUAUGUGAUACAAACUGUUAGAGAACAAGAUAAAGAUCACCUGGGAUAUCAUCAAGUAGAGCUCUAGCUUCUGUGGACUCUGCUUCUCCAGUAAAUGACCUUUGAGGAAAACUGACCAAUUCUUGGAAUCUAAAAUCAUGGCUCAUCAUUUGGUGAUGUUCAGAGAUGUGGCCGUAGACUUCUCUCAGGAAGAGUGGGAAUGCCUGAACUCAUAUCAGAGGAAUUUGUACAGAGAUGUGAUACUAGAGAACUAUAGCAACUUGGUGUCAGUGGCAGGAUGUUCCAUUUCUAAGCCAGAUGUGAUCACCCUACUAGAGCAAGGGAAAGAACCCUGGAUGGUUGUGAGGGAUGAGAGAAGAAGAAGGAGCCUUGAUUUAGAAUCCAGAUAUGACACUAAAAAGUUAUUUCAAGAAAAGGAUAUUUUUGAAAUGAAUUUAUCUCCGUGGGAGAUAAUGGGAAGAAUUAGAAGUUGUGGCCUUGAAGACUCCUUUAUCAGAAAAGACUAUAAAUAUAAAAAGUUUGAGGGACAAGAAAAUCCUCAAGAAGGAUAUUUCAGGCAAGUGAAAAAAAUGCCCACCUACAAAAAACUCACAUCUCUUACUCUGUAUCAGAGAAUUCAUAAUAGAGAGAAACCCUAUGAAUGUGGGGACUGUGGGAAGGCCUUUAGAGUGCGCCAACAACUUACUUUCCAUCAGAGAAUUCACACUGGUGAAAAGCCCUAUGAAUGUAAAGAAUGUGGAAAAGCCUUUAGACAGUGUGCCCACCUUAGUCGACAUCAGAGAAUUCACACUUCUGACAAACUCCUCGAAUGUAAAAAAUGUGGAAAGAUCUUUACAUGUGGUGCAGAUCUUCGAGUACAUCAGAGAACUCAUAUUGGUGAGAAGCCCUAUGAAUGUAAGGAAUGUGGGAAGGCCUUUAGAGUGCGAGGACAACUUAAUCUCCAUCAAAGGAUUCAUACUGGUGAGAAACCCUAUGAAUGUAAGGAAUGUGGGAAGACCUUUAGGCAGUACGCACACCUUACACGACAUCAGAGACUUAAUAUUGCUGAGAAAUGCUAUGAGUGUAAGGACUGCGGGCAGGCUUUUUUGUGUAGUACAGGCCUUCGAGUACAUCACAAACUUCAUACUGGUGAAAAACCUUAUGAAUGUAAGGAAUGUGGAAAGGCCUUUAGGGUACGGCAACAACUCACUCUCCAUCAGAGAAUUCACACUGGUGAGAAACCCUACGAUUGUAAAGAAUGUGGGAAGACCUUUAGUCGUGGCUAUCAUCUGACUCUCCAUCAGAGAAUUCAUACUGGUGAGAAACCUUAUGAAUGUAAGGAAUGUCAGAAGUUCUUUCGCCGUUACUCAGAACUUAUUUCACAUCAAGGUAUUCAUAUUGGAGAGAAACCCUAUGAUUGUAAGGAAUGUGGGAAGACCUUUAGACUGUUUUCACAACUUACUCAACAUCAGAGUAUUCAUUUUGGUGAGAAACCUUAUAAAUGUAAGGAAUGUGAGAAGACUUUUAGACUGCUGUCACAACUUACUCAGCAUCAGAGUAUUCAUACUGGUGAGAAACCCUAUGACUGUAAGGAGUGUGGAAAGGCCUUUAGACUUCAUUCAUCACUUAUUCAACAUCAGAGAAUUCACUCUGGAGAAAAACCAUACAAAUGUAAGGAAUGUAAAAAGGCAUUUAGACAACAUUCCCAUCUAACUUACCAUCAGCGAAUUCAUAAUGUAACUAAGUAAUUAUAGGAAAGCCUUCUACUGUGAAUUUUGUAUUAAAGGGCAUUAGAAAAUAAAUUCUAGGGGAGGUUAUUGAAUAUAGGAAUCCCUUUUGCUUCAUGCUUAGAACUCAGCUAAAUAAGAGGUUUUAUUUGAAGGAAAGGAUAUAUUAAUUUCACGAAUUUGUAAAAGCCUUUCCUCAGCAUUAAAAACCAUGUUAAACUUCAGGAAAUUUGUUCUAGAAAGAAACUCUUAAAGGAGUAACUAUAGGAGAGCUUUUGAUCUUAUCUAUUGUAUCACAUCUAUUCUUCCCAUCUGUGUAAUAUACCUAUGGAGGUUGCUAGGGCACUAACUCAUCCCAAAAAUGACAAUUGAAAGGAAAGUCAUUUAGCCUGCAUUUCCUAUUGAACUGUAUUUUAGGGCAACUAGAAGUUGAUGAGCUAAAAUUCUUUAUUAGAGUUUUGCAACACAUAAUGAAAUAGUGGAUCUAUUUCAUUCAUAAUAGUGAAAAAGUGGAUCUAGGCACAAUUCUCAGUAGAGGUUAAGACCAGUAAAUACCCAUCAAUUGAUUUUAAUCUCAUGAAAAGUAGGAUAAAACACUUUGUACCCCCAAUGAGUUACAAUAAAGCAUAUGCAUCUUGCCCUCAAAUAUUGAACCUGAAUCUAAGCAUCAAGAUCUAACUCCCACUUUAGAGAAAAUUCAGGGAACAGAAGAAUAUGAUACAAGAAGAAGCAAUUAAACUAAUCUAAAAUGUGAGUAAUUCUACAAGAUGAAUGACCUAGCUUCUCAAGCAAUAAAAUGGCAUUGAAAAGGGGAGGUGGAACUCUAAGAUAUUAAAUGAGUCUGAAGAAAUGCAUACCAAUCAAAUGUAAUGAAUUAGAUUCACAAGUUGAACAAACAUGUAAAGAGGACAUUUUUAUAACAAUUGGGGAAAUGGGAGUAUGGACAGCAUUAGAUAAUAUUUAAAAAUUAUGUUUUUGUUAGGUGUGAUAAUAGCAUCGUGGUUAUGUAAAAAUGUUAGAGGUAAGUUUAUACAUGACGAUGUUAAUGUCUGGAACUUUUAAAAAAUGCUUAUGCAAAAGAAAAAUUAGAAUGGAUAACUUGUUUGUCAGAGUGAUGGUAAGAUGAAUCUUGGGUACAUGGUUUUUGUUUAUUUUGUUUUUGUUAUUUUCUCUAUUUUCAUGUAUUUCAACUUUCCCAUAAUAUUAUUUUAAAGAUAAAAUUAGCUAUGGUAUUAUAACCCAAUUGAAGUAAAUGAUUUUUAAAAAAUUACUACAUAACAAAAUUUGUGGAUGUUGUCAAAGCUCUGCACAAUGGUAUAUUAAAUAUGCUAUAUCAUCUUUGGGAAAUAAAAACUGAGGGUCCAGA